CUGAAGAUCGUUGUUCGACUGCGCAUUCGGAGUAUUAUAUUACUUUCUUCAUUUUGUACCGAGGCCAAAGUUCAGAUUUGCACAGGUCUAAGGUCGCUCAGUAGGCUAGUUUCCGAUCGUCGAUCUUCGUUUCUCAAUCAUGGCUGACGAAUUCCGCGUAACAUCGACCGCCUUCGGCAAUGACGGUCGAAUUCCUCGCAAGCACACCGCCGACGGUGCCGGAGCGCAGCAUGAUAUGUCUCCGCCCCUCCAAUGGCACAAUGUGCCCGAAGAAACCGAGAGUCUGGCUAUCAUAUGCGAGGAUGUCUCUGAGUCUCCUGACAGCACGGUCCCAUUCGUCCACUGGGUGGUAGUGAACAUCCCUCCUACUCUGAAAGGGUUACCACAAGGAUUCCAUCACAAGGAUGUAGAAGGACAGAAAGAAUAUGGAGACAUCCAAGAGGGCGUGAAUGACUUCAAGGUACCUGGGUACAGAGGCCCCAGCCCUCCCACAGGCGAACAGAGAAUUGAGUUUAGAGUGUACGCACUCGACAGCAAAAUGAAUCUCGGCAAAAAGGCGACGAAAGAAAAGUUGGUGGAAGCUAUGGAGGGACAUAUUUUGGCUGAGACUAUGCUGGUGGGUCAUUACGCUGGAAAUGAGAAAGAUGAUAAGGGAGGAUUUACGUCAGCAAGAGGACCUAUGGAUGGACAAUCACUUUACAACAACCUUCAGUAGGUAGGACAUGAGCAGUGCGUUCGAAAUUUAAAUUUCGCUUGCACAUUUUUCACACUACAUUUUGCCCACUCCGAUUUGUACAAUUGCGAGUUUAGUUACCUGAUGUCGAAAAACAGUAGUCAUCCUUUUGAACGAUUUGUUCACCUAUAAAAUGUUUCGAACUGCAGAUGUACAAAACCGAGUUAGAUUUCUUGCCUGAGAAGAAAAUGCCGCACGGAAGAAAAUUUGUGUAUAGAGUAGCUUGAAAUAAAAUUAUGUCACGAAUUUG